AUGAAUAAAUAUUGCAAUAAUAAUCCCACAGGAGAAUGGAGCAGAUUAAUCCAAUAGCAAAAUUCUCAGUCUGAUUAGCAAUAACAAUUACUAAAAUACGAGGACUAUCAACGCAAAUUGCAAUACAGGUAACUUAAUAUAGAAAUCGUAUGUAGACAAGAACUUCAAACUGCAAUGCAGGAAAGGAAAAAAAAGAACUCAGAAAGCUUUGAUACUAACCAAUAUACAGAUUAAGUAUAACAAAGUUUGUAGAGGCAAGACAUUGAAUAAUUUCAGAAAUACCAAUAAUUGAAAUAAAAGGAGGCUGAAUUCGCUAAAUAUAGUUUGGAAUAGUAAGAAAUUAAGAGGGUGCUUUAAAAGCAAUAGAAUUUAAAUGAAAAACAAUAGAUUAGCGAACAAAUGUUUAGAAAUUAAUAAAUUUUUAAGGAAGAACUAAUUGAAAAAUAAAAUAAAAAAAACAAAGUUAUUUAUGAGUUAAAUUAAUCCUACAAAGACAUGGAAGAUAAGAAAAAAUUUGAACAGGUUAAAACAAAGUUAUUUGAAAAGUAAAGCAUGUAAGAAGAACUCAAUAAACUACAAUAGGAUGAGGAACAAAGACGAAAUUUCUUGAAUAAAUUAAAACAGAACUAUCAUCAAAAUGAAGGAUUGUUGGAAAGAUAUAAUUAAAUCUAUAUACAAAAAGAAAGAGAAAAAAGUGAAAUGGAGAAUAAAAUAAUAAAGGAGGCGGCUGAAUAGAAGAGACAACAGGAUGAGCAAAGAUAAAUUAUAGAGAGAGCUAUCAGACAAAAGAAAAACAAAGAAACCUAUAAUUCUAUCAUGGACUAAAUCGAAUACAAGCGACAAUGGAAAGAGCGAGAAUAAUAAUAGAAAUCAUAGGAAUUGGAGUAUUAUGGAGUUGUGAAUGAGCAAUACAAGAGAAAGGAUUAGGAUGAUCUGUAUAGGAAGGUAGAGAAGUAAAAAUAGUAUCGAUAAGAUUUGAUAAUGCAAAUUGAAGAACAAUAAACCAAAAAAAAAAGAGAUUAAUCAAUGAGUGCUAUUGAAAUGAAAAUUAAUUAAAACUAUUACAACAAUGAAGCAUUAAAUGUUGGAAUUGUUCCAGGCAUAUUUGUUGAUCACAAUAGACUUAAAUAACAAAAAUAUCUUGAUAGUAAUCAAAGCAAAAGAUAGAGUAGUUAAUUUUAAAGAUAGAGAAACUUAAGUGCUUAUUUUGCUUCAAGUUAAAUGAAUUGA